GUGCUAUCGAGCAAUAUCAUACAGGACGGGAGAUUGUUAUCGCCAGCAGACGCUUAGUCUCUCAGCAACCAUCCAACAGAUCGCCUUCCUCUUUUCAUUGAGUCCUUCCACCCAGCCCAAAAAUUCCAAACCACACACCAACCACCACAAUGUCAACAACACCAAUCCCCAAAAACCGAUCCUCCAGCCCAACAGUCUUCGAACAGCAGCGGGCAGAAUUAGUUAGAGAGAUUGCAGUGGGCAUGGAACAAGUCCUCCAAAACAUCAACCGGCUGAACCGGAACCUGGAGAGCAUUAUUUCCGUGGGAAAUGAAUUCGGCUCUGUGGAAGCCCUUUGGUCCCAGUUCGAGAACUUUAUGGGCAGCAGGCCUGGGGAGGAGCAGAAGGGUGGUGCUGGUGCUGGCGGUGCUGGUGGUGGUGGGGUUGGGAGUGGGCAGCAUCAGGAUGAUGAUGAGGAGGGGAGUCAGCUUCAGGAGGAUGAUCAUCGGUGAUCGGUGAGGAUAAUUGGGUCUAUGGUUUGGUUUGAGGUUCUCGUUGUUUAUGUGGGUAUGGAUUAGAUUGGUUGAUUGGUGGCGUAUGGUAGAGGAGUUGUUUUGUUUUUCUAUUGAUAACUUCUGACUGCUGUAUUGUUUAUUGUUGUUACUUUUUCCUAUUUUUGCUUUACUCUGGUUGCUAUUGGAAAUAUUGGGAUACGGAUACCAUAUGGGGGU